AGAUGAACACAGCGAUCCUAUGCCUGAGAAUUUCUACGAUGAGAGCUCGACAAAGAAAGGAUCAUCACACCUGCAACGAACCUCGGCCACUCAUGGGAGGUUUGCUCCCAAAUCAUCACCAGCACACGUGCCAGGAAAUCUCACAAAUGACCAAUACGUUGGCUUCACGCCUAGGAAGGAGUCCCCACAAAACUUCCCAUACCAGCAAAGAAGAAACGCCGUACUACACCCCGGCGCCCAGCUCCCACCGCCCUCUCCAUCUCUAAGCAACCAAUGUAGUUCGGUGCCAGGCCGAUGGACACACAAGCCAACGGCAGGACACAGCUGGGCAACAUCACAGCUGUCUGUCGACACGAUGGCAUCCGGCGACCUACCUAUGGGGACUGAUAAUCAAGGUGGAUCCAGUGCCGAGAAAGGUUACCACCACCGCGGGACAAACAACGAAGAUCACCGAACACAACACUCGCUUUGUCAAAAAAGCCAGAGAAUACAGUCACAUGCUUAUGAUGAAUUAAAUCGUCACUCAACACGUGUCAGUCGCGGAGUAUCGUCAAACCCUUCCACUAUCAUGCUUAACAAUGCAACACCGUCUAUGGCCAAUUUGACCGUCACACCGACAUCGAACUCGGUGGACACAGGAACACAAGCCCACCCAGGAGCCCACUUUUCACAAUCCUCUGUCUACCCCCAUGACAUCCACAUUGAAGAUGUGAAACCAGAAAAUGUGAUAAAAGAAAGUGAACUUCGGCGUCAAUUGUCAGUGUUGCGAUUCGGGAUAUUUGAACAAAGACGAGCCCUGUUUUUCUGCCAGAAAGAGGCCGAGUUUUAUUAUAACAAACUGACCAAGAUAGAAGACUUCUGCUAUCAGCUAAAGGAAGCCGGGGACAAGUCGCGACAGAUUAUGAUGGAUAACAUAUUGAGCAUUUUAUACGAAUCCGAGGAUGGAUGUAUCUGCACGGCUGAUUUGGAACCUUGAAGAGAUUGGUCGCCCAUUGCUCUCAUUACGCCCCUCGAUUAUCCUGUGGCUUACGACGUUACGAGUUCAUUGGAUACCCUCUGGCCUCGCCACUCGGUCUGCAUAAUUUGUUUUUUUUCUAUUACAGUUUGCCUUCGUCCACAACGACGCAGGGAAGAACUGAAAUUCACCAUCCGGGAUGCUGUACAGUCAGUCGAUCGUCUGUUCUUCCCAGUAGGAGAACUGUCAUUCAGCUGUUAUUUGUGUUUGAUUACUCACGACAAUAUGUAUGGUCUAUCACAGACCAUAAGUAGAUUUUCUCGAAAGUACCUACCUUAUGGCUGACCUGCUGCCAUUGUUCUCCCUCGAAACACCACCGACCAGCAUUCGGGAUAGCAACGAAUGUAGCCCUGUUGUACAUGCAAACGAUGGGCAAUACAACCAAUACGGGUGAUUUUUGAAUCUAA